AUGAAACAAUUAAAGAAAUCUAUUUGGACGUGUUUAAGGAGUAAAAGAUAUGAGACUGUAAAAGAAACAGAGGAAGAAGAAGAAGAACUCACUGACAAAAUGCAAGAGAGCAAAUAUUUUAGUGAGAGCGGGAACCGUGAAUAUUUCAUACUGGCAGAUUUUGAUGCAAUUUACGAAGAAGAGGAAGAAAAUGAACAAAACUUUGAAGAACACUACGUAACAAAUGGUACCGAUCCUAUAGUUAUUCGUGGAGCUGGCAACAUGACUGUGUGCAUUGGGCUUAGUAAUCGCUUUGAAUCAGAAUUUCCGAUGGCCUGGUGUCGCGUGUUGCUCCGGAAGAGUUUUAAAGCGACUGUCAUGAGAAUAAAUAGUGUACUGAAAAAAACAUUACCAGUUAAUGUUAAAUGGUUAUUUUGUGGUUGUUGUUUGUGCUGUUGUACAUUAGGAUGUUCUCUUUGGCCUGUUAUUUGUUUGAGUAAAAGGACACAACAUUCGUUAAACAAGUUAUUAGAAUGGGAAAACAGUAGGCUGUAUCACAACUGGUUACAGUGGAGAUUAGCGAAACAAAGAUGUGACUCAUCCAUGAUGGAAUAUGUACUUUUAAUUGAAUUAUCCCAAAAAUACCCAUAUAUAAACCUGACUAAAGAUCUGGACUUUUGA